GGAGAAAGAAGUCAGAUCAUCAGGCACGCAGUGUUGCUGGUGCAAUAGACCUGGAAGGGACUGAGAUGUCUUCGCCAAAUGAUGUCAGUAUGGAAGAAAUACCGCUGGAAGACAACGAGCGAGACAGCAUAGAAUACAAGAUCCUGAUGGCCUAUGCACAGCGGCGGUUGUCUGCUAGCAGAUACAAGAAACUUCUGAAAAAUGAGACAAAUGCACCAAAAUCAUCAUCCUUAAUCAGGAGUGAAGUAGAGACUCACCAUCAAAGGGGAAAAGAUGGUUCAAGCCAAACAUCGGAAUUGCAGAGUGGCAUGAGGAAACAGCAGAGCAAAAAGAAACCAAAACAAAAACAUUUGUCAAGAUAUUGUCUACCCUUCUUCUGCAGCAGAGCAGAGCAGGAAAAGCCCCAAAACACUUUUGCACCUGAAAGUCACACUUUUGGUACGUGCACUGAGAGCCUUUCAGUAAAGACUUAUCAUCAGACAAGUGAAAAAGCAGAUGUCGACCACAUCGCAGACAAACUUGCCAAGCUUGUUACUUCCAGACCUCAGUCAUCUCCUUCAGAUGUGAUGUUCAAGACACUGGUGCAUUCCCGGUCUCUGGAAGAAGAUGGCAAAGAUACUGGUGAGGGAAAUGAGAGUGAAGGAAAUGAUGAAGAAAAGACAAUACAAAAAAUAGUUGCACUGUUAAGAAAAUCAGGGGAUCAACUAGAAGAAAAGUUCAAAAAGGACAGGACUUUCUAUCAGCAAUUUAAAGACAUGCUGUCCUACACCUUCUUUGAGAGGGUCACUGAUACAUUCCUGGAGGAUGUCUCAGCAGAUUCAACAAAUGAGACAGAAAGCCAACUACAAUGCGCCAAAGUUGCCUUCACACUGGAAAUUGCCACCAGACUUACUGCUGUGGACAACCAUCCUAUGAACCUGGUCAUGGGCUUUGGAUCAAAGUACCUCAAAGAACAUUUCAGUCCAUGGAUUCGUGACCGGGGAGGCUGGGAGAAGGCUUUGACUUCACUGGAUCAGGAAGAAGUAGAAUAA